CCCAAAUCAACGGAAUGUUAUGCUCUACAGUUGCUCACACUGUUCACUUACAGGCUGUCUGAAUUGGGGGGUAUGAUGAAGAAUAAGUUGGCCAUUUUGCUGACACAAUUUGCUGCUGAUGGGAAUAGUGUGAAGUUGAAUGAACGUUUGGACAGUCUUGGUGAUGCUUCAAAGGGCACCUAUGGCCAAAUCAUGAGUGCACGACUUGCAAAGGUUUGUUUGAUGUUCACGGAUCAAGUGCAAUUACGAGUCGCAUUGUCAACCCUUUGA